AUAAUACACAAACUUACCUCAAGUCUUCUUAUAACUCUCACCUCUCUCUCUCAUGAACACUACAAUGGAGUUCCUCGCUCUCUCAUCCAUCCUCCUCCUUUUCCUCUCCUUCACUAAUCCCAUUCUCUCCCUCUCUGACCAGCCACUAAUAUCUUCUGUUCUUCAUGAUGAAGAAGAAAGCUGCCCUUACACUGUGAUUGUCACCACAAGCUGUCUCUCCCCUGAUUGGUCAAGGGAUCAGAUCACUGUUGCUUUGGCUGACGCCAACGGUAACAAGGUAAUUGCACCGAGACUAGACGAACCGUUAAGUGAAGGAGGAGGUUUCGAGAAAUGUUCAUCGGACACAUUCCAAGUCAAAGGUCAAUGUCUCAACACUAUCUGCUCCGUCUACAUCUACCGUUCGGGUCCUGACGGCUGGAUCCCGGAGACCGUCGAGGUCUUCGAGGAAGGUUCCAAAUCCGUGAAAUUCGAUUUCAACAAAAACAUCCCUGAAAACACUUGGUACGGCCACAACAAUUGCAACAACACCGGUUUGCCACCGCCUACGCCGGAUUUCCCUCCGUUUUCUCCCUCCGUUCCACCGCCGACGCCACCUUAUUUUCCUCCCCACACACCUUCUAUCCCCCCGCCAAGGCCUCCGCCGCCGCCGUCUGCCGCCUCUAGGCGUGGAGGAGGUCGUGAGAGUUUGGUUAAUGUUGCGUUUGCUGCGAUUGUUUUUGCGUUUGCGGCUGUGGUUGUUUGAGAUUUUAGACUUUUAGUUAAGUAUUUUACUUAAUGACUUAAGAGUAUCGUGUAAUCCCUUUGUUCUAGUUUGUUGUUGGAGUUUGUGGAAACGUUAAUUAGUUAAUAAU